GAGAGAUCCUGGCACCGCGGCAGCCGACGCAGCAGCGCUCCCAGCUCGCCGAGUCUCGAGACUCACCGAUUCCCCCGGGCGGCCCGGGCGGCGGGCAGGCGCUGCGUGAGGGCGCGCGAGGCAGCGCGGGGCGGGCCGCACGCUCCCCCCGGCCGCCACCACCACCCCCACCCCACUCCGCCGCCCGCGCGCGGACCGGCCCAGCGCAGCCCCGGCACGGGGAGCGCCGGCCGGGCGAGGGCGCGGGCGAUGCCGCGGUGACGGCCCCGCCAUGGCGAAGCCCCCGGCGGCAGCGGCAGCGGCGGCGGCGGCGUCGGAGGAGCUGAGCCAGGUGCCGGACGAGGAGCUGCUGCGCUGGAGCAAGGAGGAGCUGGCGCGGAGACUGCGGCGCGCGGAGGGCGAGAAGGUGGGCCUCAUGCUGGAGCACGGCGGCCUGAUGCGCGACGUGAACCGGAGGCUGCAGCAGCACUUGCUGGAGAUCCGCGGCCUCAAGGACGUGAACCAGCGGCUGCAGGACGACAACCAGGAGCUGCGCGAGCUGUGCUGCUUCCUCGACGACGACCGGCAGAAGGGGCGCAAGCUGGCGCGCGAAUGGCAGCGCUUCGGGCGCCACGCGGCCGGCGCCGUGUGGCACGAGGUGGCCCGCUCGCAGCAGAAGCUGCGCGAGCUCGAGGCGCGCCAGGAGGCCCUGCUGCGCGAGAACCUGGAGCUCAAAGAACUGGUGCUGCUGCUGGACGAGGAGCGCGCGGCGCUGGCGGGGGGCGCGGGCGGCGCGGGCGUCGGCGGCGGCGGCGGCGGCGCCGGCUCCCGCAGUUCCAUCGACAGCCAGGCCAGCUUGAGCGGGCCACUGCCCGGCGGCGCGGCGGGCGCGGGUACCCGGGACGUGGGCGACGGCAGCAGCACGUCGAGCGCGGGCAGCGGCGGCAGCCCCGACCAUCACCACCACGUCCCGCCGCCGCUGCUGCCUCCCGGGCCGCCCAAGGUCCCGGACGGCAAGGCCGUCGCCACGCGCCGGUCCCUGGACGACCUUUCGGCGCCGCCGCCUCACCACCGAAGCAUCCCCAACGGCCUGCACGAUCCCUCGUCCACCUACAUGCGGCAGCUGGAGACCAAGGUGAAGCUGCUGGAGGGUGACAAGCUCCUGGCGCAGCUGCCCCGCCCCUACGGCCGCCCCCGUCGCUGGCUUCAGCAGGCAGGCCCCGGGGAGUUCAGGACGCUGCGGAAAGGCUUCUCCCCGUACCACUCGGAGUCCCAGCUCUCCAGCCUGCCGCCCUCCUACCAGGACUCCCUGCAGAACGGCCCAGCCUGCCCGGCUCCCGAACUGCCCUCGCCCUCCUCCGGUGGCUACAGCUCCGUGGGGCAGAAGCCCGAGGCUGUGGUGCACGCGAUGAAGGUCCUGGAGGUGCAUGAAAACCUCGACAGGCCGCUGCAGGACAGCUGUGAGGAGGACCUCAGUGAGAAGGAGAAGGCCAUCGUCCGCGAGAUGUGCAACGUGGUCUGGAGGAAACUGGGAGAUGCCGCCAGCUCCAAGCCCUCCAUCCGGCAGCAUCUCUCUGGGAACCAGUUCAAAGGGCCUUUGUAGGCCGCUCCCCUGCGGACGUGGACUUGGCCCUGGUGCCGAGCCGCUGGCUCCUUUCUCCGUGGUGCACUGUACAUAGACGCUGCCUGUCGCGGCCUGGCUGCCGGGGCGCAGCCCCUCCCGCCUCUCAGACACCAGCACAGCGGGGAGACGGCUCCCCAGCAGAGCGGCCUGGACGGCUUCCUUCCUGCUCCGGGGCCCGGCGGUGGGCUCCACUGGCGAGAGGAUGAGGAGUGCUCGGAGACGCCCAGCCCCGGCAGAGGGGCACCCCUGGCUGCCGCCUGCCCGGGACAGCAGCCGCCGGCUGCCAGACUGCCCCCACAGGGCUCCGCUUCUGAGCCGCCGGCCGGGGCCUGAAUGCCGGCUCCCCGAGCACAGUCCCUGACUCUCGGGUGAGGGGGGCUCCGCCACGGCCCCUCCUCUAGCCCCCAAGCCUGGCGCCUCCCUGAUGCCAGCCACUGCUUGUUUUUAGACUCCACACCCCCACCCUUGGCCACACACCCUCUGCCAUGUUCCCUCGCCUUGUGCCAGGUGGUGCCCCAUCUUUCUGGGUCCCUCAUGCCCAGGGGCCUGAGGCACUUCCGGGUCUGUGCUCCACAUGAUGGGCCGGGUCUGUCUCUGUGCAGAUGGCACCAGGCCGCGGCCGGGCCCCUGCUCAGGAAUGGUGCCCCCACGCCUGGCCCCCUCCUGGGUGACUGUGUGCGGAGCUGCGUGGCUGCAGGUGAAGGGGUUCUGCCCUCCUUGUGAGGGGCCCCCCUGGGCUCUGGCUUUCAUUUUCCUGUGUGACCUUCAGCAAGUCACUCAGCAUCUCUGGGCCCCUGGUGGGGAAAAAAGGAGGACUCAGAGGAUCAGGGCCAGCAGCUCAGGCACAGCGCGGGGGCCAGUGGGGACCCUCCUGCUGGAGGGGCGGCUGGUGGGGGGUGGGUUGCGGAGGAGUCCCGCUGCCUUGCCCCCCCUCAGUGGGUGGCCACCUUCCUUUCUGAGCUUCAGUGUCCUCUCCUGUCAAGGGCGCAGCCUAAGGCCCUCCUUGCAGGGCUCUGAGGAUCAAAUAAGACCUUUGGUGUAAAAUGACCAUGUAUAAAACUGUAAAGCGAAACAUGUAAAUGUUAAGAUGUAUGUGGGAGGGGAGUGAGGCCUGGAGGCUAGAGGCCUUUGUUUCCAGUUCCUCCAGCACUGCUGAGCCCUGCGUCUCGGUACCGAGAGCUUGGCGGUCUGGGAGGCUGUCUUGGCCGCGUCCAGGCUCACGUGAGGGGCGGGGACCAGGUGAAGGGACGGGUGAGGCUGCCCGGGGUCUCCCCCUGGCGGGGACUUGGAGCCGGCCCCACUGCCUGUCUGCCGUCGGCACCCUUGGGUGAACAGUCCCCGGGGCGAGGCCCGCGCCCAGGGAGUGCUGAGUGGGUGCUGCUGCUGGCGUCAGGCAUGGUCCUGAUGCCCCGGGCGUUACAGAAAGCUGUGGGCGCCCUGGGAGGAGCUGGUCCUUAGGCCAGGUGGUGAGCACCCCGUCUCUAGGGGUGUGCACUUGGAGCCGGGUGAUUCCUACCCAGGUGGGCAGCGAGCUGGAGGGCAGAGGCUCCCCCCCACACCCGGGUCCUGGGUCUCCUGGGUGGGAGCCAUAUCCGAGAACCCCGUGUGUUACGUUUGGGUCAGGCUGGCUUGGCCACCAAUGAAAAUAAGCAAUAAGUCAGGUGUCCUGGUACCUGCGGGUCUCCUGCAAACUGACCUGGGGAACGGGCCUCGAAGGGACCUUUCCCCGGUGGAGGGAGGUGACCCUGCCCCUAAUGCUGCGGUGGCGUCCGGUGCCGAGGUCUCCCUCCUGCCCUGUGUCCAGAGCCAGCGCUGCCUGGGAACGGCUUUCCAGGACACAGCCGUACCUGGGAUACCAUCUCAUUCACAUAAGUUGUUGGAAAGCCUGCAGCGCCUCUGCCCGGUCUGCGCCAGGCCCGGGGCCGUGGCUGCAGCAGGAACCCACGGCUGGAGGAGGAUCCCGGGGGCCAGCUCAGGGGAAUCCCAGCUCUGCCACUAAGCAGGGAGUGUGCGCAGGGCGACCAUGGCGCCCCUCCUCCCGUCCAGAGCCUUAGCUCUGAAGCUCGAGGGUGGGGGUGUUGCUGAACCUGGUGUCCUUUCAUGAAGGUCCCUGUUUCAGAUACUCUGCUGCCGGAGCCCCAUGGGACCCCUGUGCUGUGGCUUUCAUCCCCACUGUGCUGGAUGUCACCCUUCCAGCCUCAUCCCUGGUGGCCAGGCCCAUCCUGGAAUCGGAAUCCACUGAGCACAUUUUUAUCCAAAAGUUAUUAGCCACACAUCAGUGUUUGAAAGAGAAAAGUGACCUUUCAUUUUUUUUUUUUUUUCCUUGAAAACUUGAGAGGAAACCAUGCAUACUACUGACCUUUUUUUUUUUUAAAGAAACAAAGGAAAUGCAUGACUGCAGAGCGGUAGAGGUGUAUAUUUUUCAUAACGUGGGGGAAGUAUUUGUGCUGCUCUCUGGGAACGGGCGCGUGCCUGGCUCCCGUCCCCGGGCCGGCAGCCACACUCUGUCUUCCGUGGGACGUGAUGGCUGGAGCACGGGCUGACCCCACCCCAGCUCCGGGCAGCGCCGGUAGCCCUGGACUCCUGUGCCCGUUUCUACCUUCUAUUGAACCACUUUGAUUUGGGGAGAGAAAAAGAAAUAGAACUUUUUGAUAGUGUGGUAAAAACACUGAUUUGAACUAUUUUAGUAAAAGGAGUUAACAGAGAAGAUUGUGAUAGUGUAUACUUUGCGCUAGAUAAAUAAAGGCUCCUUGCAAGCCUC